AUGCUGGCCGCGCCGCGCGACGACAGCCCCUCCUCGCUCUUCUCGCCAGAGAGCUGGACUGAGAAGGGCUUCGACGGCGUCCAGCGGCUGCCUGCCGCCUGCCGCGCGGCGGAGGCGACGACGGCGGAGGCGGAGCACCUAGCGCUCGCCUUCCUCUCUCAGGACGCCGACUCCGUCGUCGCUCGCACCCUCUCCAAGGCGGGCUCCUCCGCGGCUUCGCUCAAGCGGCAGCUUGAAGACUUCAGCGCUCGGCAGCCCAAGGUGAAGGGCGCGGCGCCGGAGCAGCCGUCGGUCGGCGCGUCGCUGCUCGCGCUGGUGCGCGGCGCCAACAACGAGCGAGCCGCGCUCGGCGACGAGUUCCUCUCCGGCGAGCACGUGCUGAUCGCGCUCGCCGAGGAGCCUCGCUGCGGCCGCGCGGCGCUGCGGGCGGGAGGGGCUCUGCGCCGCUCGGCGGAGGGUCUCGACGCGGCCAAGCUGCGGACUGCGGCGGACGAGGCGCUGGAGAAGUACUCGCGCGAUCUCACGGCGGAGGCAAAGGCUGGGCGGCUCGACCCGGUCAUCGGCCGCGACGACGAGGUUCGCCGCGCGAUGACCGUCCUCUCUCGGCGCACCAAGAACAACCCGAUUCUGCUCGGCGAGCCCGGGCGCGAGCCGGGUGUGGGCAAAACGGCGAUCGCCGAGGGCCUCGCGCAGCGCAUCGCCGCGGGAGACAUCCACACCGUCGUCGGGGCCGGGAAGGCGGACGGCGCGAUGGACGCCGGCAAUCUGCUCAAGCCAGCGCUCGCGCGCGGUCAGCUGCGCUGCAUCGGCGCGACGGCGAGGCGCGGCGGCAGCGAGGGAGCGGCGUCUCCGUCAGGCCCACCGCUGUGCGCAGGCGCGACGACGCUGGACGAGUACCGGCAGCACAUCGAGAAAGACGCGGCGCUCGAGCGGCGCUUCCAGCAGGCCGCCGUGGCCGGUGGCGGAGGCGACCGCGCUGUGGUCUUCGUGGCCCAGCCGACGGUGGAGGCGACCACCGGCAUCCUGCGCGGCCUCAAGGAGCGGUACGAGCUCCACCACGGCGUCGCAAUCUCGGACGCGGCGCUGGCGCAGCUGCGGGCGAAGCAAGAGGCGCUCGCCGCGGCCGACGGCGGCGAGGCGCUCACGCGCACCACCGUCGGCGAGGAGGGCGUGGCGGCGGUGGGUGGGGCGGGCGUGCCUUCGCACGGCGCAUGGCUGUGUGAGCAGGCGAGGCGAGGGGCGCAGAAGAUCCUCACGCUGGCCGACCAGCUGCGGCAGCGGGUGGCGGGGCAGGACGACGCGGUCGAGGCGGUGGCCGAGGCGAUCCAGCGCUCGCGCGCGGGGCUGAGCGACCCGGACAAGCCAACGGCGUCGCUCAUGUUCCUCGGCCCGACGGGGGUGGGCAAGACGGAGCUCGCAAAGGCGGCGGUCGCGGACGCGCUUUUCGACUCGGAGGAGGCGAUGGAGAGCGUCUCCCGGCUGCUCGGCGCGCCGCCAGGGUACGUGGGAUACGAGGAGGGUGGCCAGCUGGCCGAGGCGGUGCGGCGGAGGCCGUACUCGGUUGUGCUCUUCGACGAGGUGGACAAGGCGCACCCGGAGGUCUUCAACGUGCUGCUGCAGGUCCUCGACGACGGGCGCAUCACCGACGGGCAGGGGCGGACGGUCAACUUCAAAAACACGAUCAUCAUCCUCACCUCCAACGUGGGGGCGCAGGCCGUCCUCGACGCCGACGUCGACCUCGUGGCAGGAGAGCGCGACGAGGCCGAGGUGCGGCUGCGCGUGCUCGACGAGCUCCGGUCUCGCUUCCGGCCCGAGUUCCUCAACCGGCUCGACGAGCUGGCGCAGCUGCGCACCAUCGCGCUGCUCGCGCUGCGCGCGCUCACGGGGAGGCUCAAGGCGCGGCAGAUCUCGCUGCACCUCCCCGACGACGCGCUGGGCGUGCUCGUCGACCUCGGCUGGAACCCGGAGUACGGCGCGAGGCCGCUCAAGCGCACCAUUCAAAAGGAGCUCGAGGCGCCGCUCGCGCGCGCGCUGCUCGCCGGCGAGAUCCGCGACGGCGACGACGUCGAGAUCCACGUGGACGCGGCGUCGUCGCGGCUAGCCGUGCGCGUCGUGGGGCAUAGCGGCGUGGCAGCGUAG